AUGGUCGCUAUUGCGGAAAGAAGAGUCCGCGGUUCCCGUGGAAAAAAGAACAAGUCCGAAACGUCUGCCCCCAAACCUGACACCAACCCCGGCAAGACCUUCCAGCGCACCCACCAAACCACCUACGACCGCAAGGCCGAGGGCGGUGCUGGCGAGGAGGGCCGUCCUGCUCGCCCUGACAGACCCGACAGGAGGGAACAGAUUGACGCCGCUGCCAUCUUUGGAUUUAUUGACCCUGAUGUCCAGCAGUACUUCAAGGGUGUCGAGCAGACCCUGGACGAGCUCAACUUUGAGACCGCCGAAGAGCAGCAGCUUUUCUUGGAGAAUGUCUACACUGAGGUUCAGGGCAAGGAGCUGGUCUUGGCCACUGACCACUCCUGCUCCCUUGUCUUGGAGAAGCUGCUCAGAGCCUCGAACGACUUUCAGCUUCGUGUCUUCUUUGACAAGUUCAACGGAAAGUAUGUUGCACAGCUCGACAGGAACUCAGUCUACCGUUCCUUCUUGAAGGUGUUCACUCAUCGUUUCGCAUCGCACGUCUGCCAAACUUUGAUUACACUUUGCGCCGACUCUGUUGAGAGGGAGGUCAGGAGCAGCGAACUCAAGGUCAAAGACGAGGCCACUCAGGAGGAGGGUGUCUUGCUUAGCGCAGAGGAGAUGAUCUUGAACAUGUGCCGUCAGACCCAGGAGGAAUUCACCGCUUUGAUCUCGGACCCCUUCGCCUCUCAUAUCAUCCGUGUUCUUCUCUACGUUCUCGCCGGACGCACUGUGGCCGAUGAUGGAACUGGAAAGGGUACCGUCAGGAGUAAAAAGUCGGCAAAGUACAACGAGUCCAACAACAGCAAGACCAACGCCGGUGCGUUCAGACCCACCCGCCUCGUCCCCCCUUCGUUCAAGGAAAUGUUGCGCACCAUCACUUCGACCAUGAUGAACGGUCUCAGCGACUCGAUUGUUCGCUCGCUCGCCGUCCACCAGGUUGCCAACCCCGUUUUGCAGUUGCUUUUGGAGGUCUCGGCCAAGGAUGAUGAGGCGUCAAAGGAUGGACUUGUGGACAAGUUGUUGAUGGAUAUCACACACGAGGAGGAGCCCGGCACCAAGAACCACGACCGUGAUGCUUAUGUUGAGACACUUCUCAGAGACCAGGUCGGCUCGCAUUUGCUGGAAAAGAUUAUGCAGGUUGCCUCACCCGCCCUGUUCCAAAAGUUCUACACCUCGUACUUCCGCGGUCGUCUCGUCAAGCUGUCGUUCCACCCUAUUGCCAACUAUGUCAUCCAGCAGUUCUUUGUCCAUGCCAAGACGCCUGUUCAGCUUGCAAUGAUGGUCGAAGAGGUUGUGCCCGAGUUUGAGCAGUUUUUGCAGUACGGACGUCCCGGAGUCAUUCGUGCCGUUGUCGAGGCUUGCAAGAACGUCGGAGCUUGCCACAAGGAGGUCAUUGGUGGUCUCUGCGCUGCCUUCCAGACUCACACCACCAUUGAGCGCAAAGAUUUUAUGCAUGUGGUCCUCAACAUGGAGACGCACGAUGCUCUUAUGGAGCGCCGUGCCCAGCAAGAGUCUACCAAACCCAAGUUCCACCCCCAGGGCGCCGUUAUUCUCCAGCUUUUGCUCCAGUUUCCCGAGGAGCAUUCCAAGAUUGUUGUCGACAGCUAUUUCGCCCAAAAGGAGGAGCUUAUGUAUGCCUGGACCAUGGACCCCGUCGGCUCGCACGUCAUUGAGGCCUUCUUGACUUCGCCUACUCUGAACCUGAAGGUGAAGAGAAAGAUCUUGAAGUCGUUCAUGGGCAAGUACCACUCGAUGGCUAAGGAUCGCUAUGGAGGACACACCGUUGACAAGUGCUGGGCUGUUUCGGAUAUUGAGAUGAAGGAGAAGAUUGCGGCCGAGUUGUUAGCGCAUGAGCAGGAGUUGUCGCAGAACUUCCAUGGCAAGUUUAUCCUCCGCAACUGCAAGAUUGACCAGUUCAAGCGCAAGAGGGAGGAGUGGGUUGAGCGUGAGAAGGGCAUUGAGCGCAAGAAGGACAUGUUCAUGGAUAUUCUUGGAGAUGCUGUUUUGGCGACCGCCCAUGGCAAGCAGAAGGCCAUGAAUGAUACCACCGGCGCCGCUGAACUGCCUGCACCCAACCCCAAGAUGGCCGAGCUCGGUUUCGGAGGUGGAAUUGCUGGCGUCAAGACUGUGACCGAGAGGAAGAAGAAGAAGAAGUCCAAGAAGUCCUCCGAGGACCCCGACAAGAUGCUGAUUAAGGAUGAAGACGAGGAGAACCAGGUCAGGGAUAAGUACAAGUCGGACGAGAUUGACAAGAUGUUCAAGAAGCGUUCGCACGCAGAGACGACCACACCCAAGAAGCAAUCGGCAGCGGAGUCUGAUGACUCUGAUAGUGAUGGCGGGGAGUCUGACGCCCAGGUGGAGGAGGAGGCACCCAAGAAGAAGAAGAAGAAGGUGUCGAAGGAUCUCGAGUCUGUCCUAGAUGCGAUUGACGCGACCAAGAAGAAAAAGAAGUCCAAGAAGUCGAAGUCCGAGGAUGCCGAUGAUAGCAAGGGCAAGAAGAAGUCCAAGAAGGACAAGGAGAAGCGCAAGUUCAUGUCUUAG